AUGGAUGCCUUAGCUCUAGAGGCCACCAGCGGGAAAAAGCCCAACAACGCGGCGGCUCCGGGGGCGCCGGGGGCCCCCGCCCCGGCCAAACGCAAGCCCGCCAAAAAAACUAAAAAGGCUGUCGUUUUCUUUGAGGUGGAGAUACUGGAUGCCAAGACCAAGGACAAGCUCUGCUUCCUGGACAAGGUCGAGCCGAAUGCCACAAUCGGGGAGAUCAAGUCUAUGUUCCACAAGAGCCACCCCCAGUGGUACCCAGCCCGACAGUCCAUCCGCCUGGACCCCAUCCACUCGCUGUUUCAAGUAGACGUAAGGAUCAGAGGUGUUUGUGUUUCAGAGGGGAAGUCGCUGAAAGACGAGGAUGUCCUGCAGCACCUUCCCGUCGGAACCACCGCCACCUUCUACUUCAGAGACCUGGGAGCUCAGAUCAGCUGGGUCACGGUGUUUCUGACAGAGUACACCGGCCCUCUGGUCAUCUAUCUGAUGUUCUACUUCAGGGUUCCCUUCAUCUACGCGUCCAAAUACGACUUCACCACCAGUAAACACUGGGUCGUGCACCUGGCCUGCAUGUGUCACUCCUUCCACUAUGUGAAGAGACUUCUGGAGACGCUGUUCGUCCACCGCUUCUCUCAUGGGACGAUGCCGUUACGGAACAUCUUCAAGAACUGUACGUACUACUGGGGCUUUGCAGCAUGGAUGGCUUAUUACAUCAACCACCCACUCUACACCCCCCCUGUUUACGGGGAGCAGCAGAUCAGACUAGCCCUCAUCAUAUUCCUGUUCUGUCAGAUUGGCAACUUCUCCAUCCACAUCGCUCUCCGGAACCUCCGUCCACCAGGCUCUAAGACCAGGAAGAUUCCCUACCCAACCAAAAACCCCUUCACCUGGAUCUUCCUGCUGGUCUCCUGCCCCAACUACACCUACGAGCUGGGCUCUUGGCUGGGCUUCACCCUGAUGACCCAGUGUCUACCGGUGGCCUUCUUCACCAUGGUGGGCUUCAUCCAGAUGACGGUCUGGGCCAAAGGGAAGCACCGCAGCUACCUGAAGGAGUUCCGCGACUACCCCCCCCUCCGCUCGCCCAUCCUGCCUUUCGUCCUGUAG